AUGGAGCAUUGGAAAGCUGCAAAGAAAGUAUUGAGGUACUUAAAAGGAACCAAACACUAUAUGCUCACAUAUAGGAGAACAUAUCAGUUGAAGGUGGUUGGCUACUCCGACUCAGAUUUUGCUAGAUGCGUUGAUAGUCGUAAGUCAACGUAUGGCUAUUUGUUCCUAUUAGUUGGAGGAGCAAUAUCAUGGAAAAGCGUCAAACAGACUAUCAUAGCAGCAUCUACUAUGGAAGCUGAAUUUGUGGCGUGCUUUGAGGCCACGAUUCAAGCUUUGUGGUUGCAAAACUUCAUCUCAAGACUUGAGAUUCCCAAUGUUUCGCGUGGUGAGAAAAUCUUACGUCACUUCCCAUUCUAUAAUACGUGGAAAAUACCUGACCACGUGGAGAAAUUUCCUCCAAUCAAACACCUCAGAGCGCGAGGAACUCGCGGGCCGAAACGUGCAUGCAGCACCGGAGAACAUGCCGCGCCACGUUGGAUUCCCCCAUAUAACGCCGCUCACCACGGCGGCUUCCGCCGCUCCUUUCUCCUCCAGACUGGACGAAAACAUUGCGCAGAAAUCUCCGCCACAAAAUCUGAUCAUCCUCCCGGCGAUCAGAUUUUCCGGCGCGAGAAUAAACAGGAACGCCUCGAUCUCCUCCAUCCUCUUCUCCUCUCUUCGAUGGCGUCGUCGCUGGUCUCCGGUUACGGCGGAAAGGCACUUGCCUCUUUCCCGGCUGCCGAAGAGCCGCGGCAAAGCAUUCUAUCGAUGCGUCGAUUGCGGUCCUCUUUUCCCGAGCAAUCCAAGAAGUUCUUCGGCAAUUUCAAGCCGCGGAAACAGAAGAUUGCGCGCGCUCACCGUUCGAUUUCGAGCCGUACAAAUCUUGCCGGAUCACUUGAUCAAAUAGAAAAGAUGUACAAUUUUAAUCCAAUCAAAACGAGUACCAUUGAUGGAGGAGACGCCGCUUGCGCAGAUCUUGACCAAUGGUUGAGAAAUUCCGUUACGGAGAUUGUGAAGAACAUCGGGGAUGCACCUUUUCUGGUUCACAUUUACUCCGACGGUACAGAAAAAGGAUCCGAUUCGCAUAACGGAGUGAGAUUGGUGAGGGAGAAGGCGGCAGCAGAGAACUGGCCCGUCAUUAGAGAAAGAUGGGAAGGCGGAAGCUGCCGGGCCCCUAACGGCAUCCUUUUGGUGGAAGAACUGAAAAGCAAAGAUCAUCACAAGGGGAAGACCAACCACGCCGACAUCAAUGGCGGCAUUUCACCGACAACAAAGCUGUGGGGAAUACUGAUCCAAGCAAGAGGGCUCGAAUGCUCUGCCUGCUACAUCCUCAAAACCUGCAGAGUGAGGUCUGUGUUCGGGUUCUGCACCCAUUUCUGCUUGGUCAGAGUAGAUCGCUUCCUUGAGAGUGCAGAAUCUCAGUUCAAACAGCUCUGGUUGCAGCAGAAAUGGUGAAUCAGAUCAAUCAAACUCAAAUUGUAUUCUUGAAAUAAGUUUUUGUAAAUAAGAUGAUUCAUGGCGUGAUUUGAUAUAUAAGAUCAGAUUGGUUGUGUUUC